AUUCUCAAUACACUAUAUAGAAAAAGUUUCUCAUAACUUCUAUACGUCUUACAAAAAAGUAAAAGAAUGAAGAUUUUCAUACUUUUCAUGUGCCUGCUAGCCGUAACUUAUGGAAAAGAUCCAGAAGGAGUAAAAAUUCUAUUUGAGAACUUAGAGCAGUGUGUAAAGGAAUUGCCGAAAUGCGAAAAUUUAAAGAGAAAUCCUUUAGUAAGCGUCCCUGCAUGGCAUUGUGCAUUGAAAAGAGUUGGCGUGGUUACUAAAGAUGACGAAGUAAUAAAGAAAAAAGGUAUUGAUUACUGUAAGGCUGUUAUGAUGGACGAGCAUUUGGAAUAUUGCUACAGGGUCGUUACUUGGUGCAUAGAAAAAGAAGAUGAAAAGCUUGGCUCCAACUUUGAGAAAACCAGCAGGAAGCUAGAAUGUAUUAUACUGCAUGGUGUGAUGGGUAUGAUUGUGAAACCAAAAGAAGAAAACGCGUAAAAAGAGAUUAUUAUCAAAAGUAUAAAUAUCAUUAAUUUUGGAUAAUGUUUAUUUUAUGCCAA